AUGGACCGGGCCCGCGGCGGCACGCGGCCGUGCUCCCGCGGGAACGCGCGGCUGGACUCCUUCCUGAAGCGGAACGCGGACCGGGGCGUGUACGAGCGCAUCCGAGCGCACGAGCCGUGCGUGGUGCUGUCCGACAGCAUCAACAAGGUGUACAUGCACGUGGUGCUGAGCGACGAGCGCUUGUACCUGACGGAGUACCUGCCGCGCACGCUCACCGCGGCCGUUUCCUUUGAGAGCGUGCGUGACAUCGAGUUGGUGAACGACCUCCCAGAGUUCCUCAGUUUGAAGGACAGGGAGCGCUGUCAACACAUACGGAUCACAUAUGUCACCGAAAAGCCUGCCGGAAAGGGACGCGAUUGGUCGAGGAGGAGCAACGGGGAGGGGCUUCCCCCCGCGGUGUCGCGUUCUCGCAGAGCCAGCCACAUCCCACCGAUGGUAAAGAUGGAAGGCUAUUCUGCAGAAAGCCAGUGGAUGAAGGAGGACCUCCAGCCAGUGCGGAAGUCCACCCGCUCCGCCUCCUGCCCUAACGCAGAGUUGUUGGGCCUCCCGAGGGUCCCACUUCCUCCCUCAGAGCGCCCCACGCCUUCCCCUUUAUCCACUCCGCCCACCUCUCCGUCUCUCUCAGAGGAAAGCCUGAAGACCCUUGAGAGCAGUCAGGUGACACACAGCAUCAGCUCCGUUCUGUCGCGCAUCCUGAGACGAGACCCCGCCAGCAGCGCGGUGGAGAGGGAGGCGGAGCUGCAUCUUUACGCCGUCUCAGAGACAUCCAGACUGUACCUCCACCUGCAGAGCUCCUGGAACAGCUUCAUCAUUAAGUCCACUCUGAUGCUGGACCCGCUGUACAGGAGGAGAUGCGUGGCCUCCCCAGACCCCGGGACCCCCAGCAUCAGCAUGGAGAGGAUGGCUCGCCUGUUCACCCAGCUGAGCUCCGAGCUGCUGCAGAGCGGGAUCGGCCAGGAGAAGCUGUACGUGCUGCUCCAGGAGCUGAGAACGGCCGCCCACCGCUACAUCCCGCUGCGCAGACUCUUCUGGAGGUCGGGUGAAGUGUGUGCCUUCCUGGUUGAGACUCUGGAGGAUUGUCUGCACGGCUGCGGGAGCCUCGGUGGAGCUUACACUGCAGACCAGCUACUAAUGAGCACUCUGAUCGUUCAGACUCUGGCCAUCAUGUUCAGGGAGACGGAGGUGGAAGCGGCCAGGAUCAACCUGCUCUCCGCCAAAAAAGGAGCGCUGGCUUCUAGAAUGCUGCUGGCCUUAGUGUGUGAUCCUCAGCUCAGCCUGGUCAACUCUGAGAUACAGAGCUUGCUGACUGAGUACCUGGAUGCUGCCUGCACUCUCCUCUUUGAGCUGCUGCUUUUAGGCCACGAGACCAGCAGGUGUUUCUCUGCAGACAACUUCCUGUCUGUCGGCUGGAGCCUCCGAGUCCUGCAGCCCCACCCCCACCUGAUGGCCUUCAUCGGUUACCAGGCCCAGCAGGUGGUGCUGGUUCUGUCGGGCCUGCAGGAGUCCCCCCUGAGCCCGGCCCAGUCCGUGCUUCUGUUCCAGCGCUGCGGCCUGCUGCUGGCCUGUCUGCAGUACAACCCCCAACUGGCCCAACACCUGCGGUCCAGCUUCAGAGAGGAGUUCAGGUUCUUCGUGAAGGUGUCGUGUGCCGAGGAGAAGCUGUCGCCGCACCACCCCAUCAGCCGGCCCACGCUCAGACUGGUGGAUCACAUUCAGACCCGCAUUCAGUACACAUAACGGGACCGGAGCCCCCCCCCACCCCCACCCCCACCGGACCAGGAACCCACACCCACCCACUCACCUCCAUCUGGCAGAAUAGCCGGUGCUGACGUUUAUUCGAAGCUUCUUUGCCCAGAGCUUAAGGCCCUCACAAAGAUUGAUUUGGCCACCAUUAGAGGUUUAGCCUCCUAUUGACGAUUAAAUGAGACUAAUCUAAAACUCAGUCUCAGGGAGAGAGAUGCAGGUGGGCGUCACAUCAGUACAAUGAGGAGAUUCCUUUUCUUUUCUUCUGUGAAUGCCAAUAGCAGACUUAUCUUAGGUUUUUAAACAGUUUUAAGCAAGACUCCUUUCAUAGUUUGCUGUUCAAGAGCAGAACAUUCAGAGACUGUUGGCCCCGCAGAGCAUCUCUGUGCUGUGUUUUAUUAUAUAUAUGAAUAGUUUUCCAUCUGACAGCCCAGAGCAUUUAGUUGGAAAUAGGCAGAUACACCAUGAACAACCCACCCAAACCUUCUGGUUACCAGUGGGCACUCCCACCCGAUACGACUCUCAGCUUUGGACCAAUAGAAGUAACACCAUGAAAAAAAAAAAAAGGGUGCCGCACUUUUUCUCAAGCUCUCCAAAUAUGCUUUUUGCUCACUGGGUAAAAAGGAAUUUUGUGCUCAGAAAAAAGCAUUGUAUGGACACCCACCCACCCAGAGGACUUCUAAAAGAAAAAAAGAAGUAAAAAGGUGUGCCUUAAACAAUUUAUUUUGUGCUUUAUGCAAUAAAGACUUUUGCUGCUCCGAAAUGUUUCUGCAUUAUUUAGGCAUCAGAGAGUAUUUCCAUUAUAUACUGUAUAUUUGGGGGAAAAAAAACGUAUUUUAAGUCCAUCGUUUAAAGAUCUGAGGACAAGUCUAUAGAAGUGUGUGUGGCAGAAUGUGAGCUUCGUUCCUUGGAAUGUCAUACUAAUACAUUUCCAGGUUUAAAUCCAUUUAAAAAAGGCUGAAGCAGGUUUGUCCCUGAUGCUGAGCUUCAAACACUUCAUGGUCCUCUCAAAGAUACUUAUAAUCAAGUUUACGCUUUACCUUUAAAAAACAAAACAAUCUGUUAGAAUUACAGAAAGUUUUUUGUAGCAGCAGUAAUGCAAAGUUCAGAAGUCCAACUUUAAAAUAUUUUAUUUUGACUUUAAUUUCAAUUAAGAAAGAUAUAUUUUGAGAUUUUUAAAUAUGAUACAUUUUCAUAAUCUGAUAAAACCAUAAACUAAAAAAAGUCACUGUCAAAUCUAAGUGCAUUAUUAAUUAAUAGCAUUGAUCAGAAAGAGCUUUCUUAUUGACACUUAAGUUAAAAUAAAGACUUCUCACUGAGUUCUGCCAACUCAGAGGGGCAGAACACUAAUGAACUUUGCUUUAGGAUGAAAAAUCUGACAUAAAAAUAAAUAUCAGUGUGUUAUUGUGAGAACUAUAAAGUUGAGUCCCGAGUUAACACAGAGCAGGACUUAAGAAUUAAAGAACAAAGACAUCAUUCAUUACAGGUUCAUAGACAGAUUCAAGCUCAGGUGACUGACUCUAAAAAAAAAAGUGUAAUGCACCCUGUGCUGGGAUUUCUCAACCAAAAAAUAAAACAAACAAACAAAAAAAGACUUCCAAAUAAAAACAUUUCCUGUGAUUCACUUGAUUAGGUUUCCAUUGCACUUAAAGUCAGGUGAGGUAGUCCUGGAGCCCCCUCAGAAUCCCCCGAUAGGAGCCGGAUAAAAAGACCAUUACAGAUGGAACAGUUUUGACUGUUCGCGUUGAUUGAGAAUCUGGGUCCUUUCUCACGAUCUGUCUGGACUCCUGCGCUCUGCUGUAGGGGCUUGGGUGGAGCUCUGCUGGACGAGAGAGGAGGGGGCGGCACCGGUCCGGUCCUGUCCAGUCCGGUCCGGCGUGGUGGCGAUGACGGGGGGGCGGUCUGAGCUCACAGCUUGGCUAUGUGAGC